AUGGCAUCUCGAGGAGGCGGCGCUAAAAAAGAAUUGGAUCCAGAGGAGCAAAUGCGGCGUAAAUUCCGUGCGAAAUGCUUAUUUCGUGCUCUGGGUCGUCUAGUUAUGUCAAACACGUACUGGCUAAUAGAAGCAGUAGACCACUACGAAGGCGUGGAAGAUGAUAAAGCACUCUUAAACAAACCAGCUCAAGAGAGAACAGAAUCAGAGAAAAAAUAUAUCUAUCGUAUAAUCGGCGGACUGAAAUGUUUCAAACGUUAUCCUAAUGUCGCUAGACGUGAGGGUUGUAUUGUGGCAAAGAUGAAAAGCUACGAACCAAAUGAGACCCUUCUCGGAGACGGCGUGGGCGUGGCGAAUUUCGUCUACUUCAUUCUGUCGGGUCGUUGUCAGAUGAUUGAGUCCAUUCAAGUAGUCGUCACUACCCACUUGGGGAAGAAUUAUUACGCACUUUACGAUCCUUACGUGCCUCCUAAAGAAAGCGAACAAGAUUUCGAUGCCAAAUAUUUUGGUGCGUAUAAAAAUUUAAACAAAAAUUCCGAAGGCACAGUGCGUGAAAGCACCGAUAAGGAAUCUACUAAAACAGACGAAAUACCCUCAUUACCAAAACUAUCUGGUAGUCUCAAACAGAAAAAGUCAGUCAGUAUCAGAGAUCUUGAUAGCAUCCCAGAAAAUAUAAACGAAGUUAAACGUAAGAGCGAUAGUCUUACAAGCGACCUAACAAUGGCCGAGAAAUCAGAGGUAUGUCAGAUGAAUCCGGGAUACAGCUUUGGAUUUGGAGAGGACAUGCGCGAUAGGCGUAUCGUAGCUCUCACUAAUGUAGAUUGUAUGUUGAUGCCGAAAAUAUGGUUACUGCAGAGAAACACAGCGAACAUCUGGACUCGAAUACAGCAUUAUCUGGAAAAGAAGAUACCAACGAAGAAACAGCUAUUUAAAGAGUUCGUGUCACAACGACGCUGGCAGGAAUUCCGCGAACAAAUGGUUACAGAUGUCGUCUCACGCUCUAAUGCUGUCAACUGGACUUCUGUGCACGAUGUGCCUUAUUCCAUCAGGAUGGAAGAAAUGCUAGACAUAUGAAGAAAACAAAAAUAUUGCAAUAAUUGUUUUGACCUAAUGUUAUUAUUAUUAUUUAUCUAUAUUAAAAAUAAAAUCAUUAAAUAAAAUAAAGAAAAAUCUGAUUGCUUGUUU